CGCCUCGACAUUAAAAAACGUGCUCAACAUACGUCGGACUUCAGGAUUUGAUUAUUGUUCUGAAAAUCCCCCGUACUCCGCAAUUUCCUGAGAAAUAACUUGCUCGUACAUACAGCCUUCUGCGACCGCGAUCAUGAGCACAUUUUUUUCAUCUCAUUUCGAGGCUUUCGGCUCAGCCAAGCCAUUGUACUUGUAAUAACCCAAACAGAGCAACUGAGGACCUUGAGACCAAAAUAGAGGACCAUUCCAACCACGUGAACAAGUACGGGGGUUAUAUUGAGCAUGUUAUUUUCCCCAUUCCGUCCGGAUCCCAUGAAAUUGAGAGGAGUGAGAGCAUGUUAUUCCUUUUCCAUCACAUAGACACCGAGUCACUUGAGGUACACAUAAAGGUCGACAAACCGUCCCACCCAACGUCUAGGAUAUCUCGAUGAAAGCACAUCGAUAAAUAAUCUCACACACAGACACAAGCAUCUAAACUUGAACAUCAUACUCGUCACCAUCUUCUUCUCUCUUUACUUUCCCGCACAUCAUUACACACAUCUUCAGCCACCACAUCUCCCUCACAACUUCGACCACCACUGAUCGACACGAGAACUUUUGUAUAGCUCAGUCGUAUAACCAUCGACAAAUAAAAACAAAAACCAACCGCAGGAAAAAAAAAUGUGUGGAGAUUCACAUCUUCCUCCUGCCCCUGAAUCCGGCGACCUCGUGGCCGUCAUUCAUCCAAACGCACAAGCGAAUUCUGCCUUUCGAGGAAGGUUACGCCUGUCGAACAAGACCCCAGGAGCCACCACGUCGACGUUUGAAGGCGAGAAAGACACCACCAACGGCGGCAGUUGCGGAAGGGGAUUUUUGAACCUCAGGAUCCACAAAUAUGGCCAACCUUUGUCCUCCUCUUUUCCAACAACCCAAUCAUGGUCAUCCGGGGCCGGGAGUGAUUCUGGCUCGGAUUCCGAAGAGGAAGAGGACACUCCAAACAAUCCCAUCUUGCACUCUUUCAUCAUCGACACGCUCGCCGCCACCUCGAGAACAGGAAACGUGCGGCUAAACCUGGGCGUUGGAGGUGAUGGGAUCGUCGGCAGGGCGGUAUCGGUAUUCGAUCAAGGAAGUAAACGUAUCCUGGGCGAAGGAAUCAUUGGUUGGUGCUGAGUUUGUUUUUUUGGUCUGUGGGAUGGAGUUCGGAUUGUCGUUUGGGUGUUCUUUUUUUUUUGCACGUCUUUUUGAAGAGCGUUCGCUGCGUGGUGAUCGUAAUAAUCAUCGGAUCAACAGCACAUUGUCAAAGUAUAACCUUGUUCAACGGUGUUAUUCAGUCUCGGCAAUUCCUCAUCACAGCAAAUAUCCCAUCCAUCCGGAAUUGGACAUGUAGACAUCAAACAUGUCCAUUUCCUCGGUGCUGAAAUUGAAUUGAUCCCAAUUCGUGUUUCCAUAGCUGGCUGCAUCGUAGGCCGCGUUCAAGUUUGUCCCGAGAAGUCCAUCCGCCAUCAUGAACCGCUGGUGAGGAAGUGACGCAGGCGGGUACACCUGUUGCUGUUGGGCGUCCGGAUUCGCCAUUUCCUCCUUCCUCACGGUCUGGAUGAACGUGAGUGGCUC